AUGGGCCAAUCUCUGAAGAAAUUAGCUCCUGGAAAUGAGGAAAAGAAGGUUGAAGAACUUGGUCGAAUAAUAAAUGAUUUCUAUGAAAAAAAUUUCGAAGACCCUUCAGUGGACUUCUCAAAAUUCUACCGAGGAGUAUGCGAGAUAGUCGAGGAACUCAAUCAGAGGUUGGGAAACACACAGUUCAAACUCCCUAAGACCGAGAACGUCGAGGAGGCAUACAGAGAGCAUCAUCAAGGGAAAGGAAAACUGACAAAACAAGAGUUUCAGGAGAUCAUGAAAGAGAUGGUGAAGAAAUCAGGAUUAACUGGUAUGGGAGCUAAGGAUGCACUCUUAUACAUCUUUGGUGUUCCAGUGACUGCUCUAUUUGUGAAGCAGAAAGUGAUGCCCCAAGCAAUUCCUAAUGAAUUUUUCAUUCCAGGCAUCACUUCUCUCACUGUUCUCAUCCUUGCUGCUCUUAACAAGAUAUGA